AUGAAAUUUUUAGUUUUCUUUGCUCUAAAUUUGAUCUAUACUUUGCAAUAAAUGGGUGGUGGAAGUAGUGGAAGUAGUGGAAGUAGCGGAAGUAGCGGAGGAAGUAGUGGAGGAAGUGGAAGUGAUGGAAAUUUCGAUGAUAGUUCAAGUUCAUCCAAUUCAAAUAAUAUAUGCUCAGAAGGUUGUUAAACCGCUAUCACUGUAUGUAUUCCAAUUAUUUUAACUAUCGUUGGCCUUUAUUAUUGCUAUAGAAAAGGCUAUUUAAGAGUAGAUUGUUUUAAAAUUAAAAAGACAAAAUAAAGGUUGCUAAAAAAUUUUGUGGAAAUAGAUAAUACUUCAACAAGAGAUGAUUUAUUAUAUGGAUUAGAUAUUCUGGCAAGAUUUAAUUUUAAUAUGAAUUAUUUUCAAAAAGAGUGGAAUAACAUAGGAUUAAUUGAUAAGAAAUUAGAAAUAAAUUAUAAUUAGGAAUCAAAUAAAUUUUAUAUUGAUCUUAAUUUAAGAGCUCAUGAUUCACUUGGAUAAUCCAAUUACACAGGUCAUAUUAAAAAAAAUAAUUAAGAAUGGAAGAUUUUCAUGUUUAAAACUUAUGACAACAGGCUACAAUCUAAAUAAUUUGGCGAUUAUGCAAUUCUGAUAUAUGAAGGACUUACUUUAUCACUACAAGAAGGAUUUAAAGGGAGAUGGUACUUUUAUGAAGCUUCUUAAUCAAAUGGAGAGUGGUUCUGGGGAUGCUCUUAGGAGUAAAGACUAUGA